CUUUCUGUCAGCAUGCGGUUAUUUUUGCUGUGUAUUUUUACUGCCUGUUUCACGGCAUUCUCUCAAGGUGUAAGCGCCGGUCCACGGCUGAACAACGAACGCACUUACAAAUUCAGCUACAUCACUGAGCUUGGUGUUAACCGACCCAGAGGGACGAGCAAAGGAAACGCUGGAUUUAAGAUCUCCAGCGAUGUGGACAUUAACCUAGCAUGGAGGAACCCGGACAACCAGGAUGACCAGCUGCUAAGAGUGAAGAUCUCAAACGUUGAGAUCCAGAAUGCCGCUCAGCGCUCACGCAAAAACAACAUCUUCCAUGGCACCACAGCAGAAGAUAUUCUGGGUAGAGAAAGGAUGGAGGCUUUGCAGAGACCCUUUGUGCUGCUCUGGAGGAUGGGCAAGGUGAGAAGCCUGUACACGUACAAGGGGGAACCGACAACCAUCAAGAACCUAAAAAGGGGCGUGGCCAGCAUGCUAAUGAUGCAACUCAAGUCUGGCAAGAUGGCGGAGGCUGAUGCUUCAGGAAAGUGUGUAGUUGAAUACAAGGCCACUAAAGAUCAGGUGAUUCGCACAAAGAACAUGGAGAAUUGCAAAACUCCAGAGGCUGGAUUCAGUACACACAGUCAGGUGCUGGGUGUGAGUGAAAAGUCCAGCACAGUAACAAUCAUCACUUUGGAGGACAACUUCAUCAAAUCCGCUGUUACUGAAGAAACACACAUCCUUUCCAUCAAUGCCCGUAAAAGCGCUGCUGCUAAAGUCCUGUCCAGGCAGUCACUAACUUUGCGAGAGGUGACAGACGGACCGGUAGAAGCUGCAGGUAAAGAUGCUGCCAGUGUGGUAAAGAGUCUUGACCCUAAACUUGUCUCUGUGGGAGUGAUGACAGAAAAACCGAAGAGCAGCUGUAAAGGAUGCCCAAAUCUGAUGGACACAUGGAAUUCAGUACGUGCUAAGAUGGAACCAAAAUUCCUGGCUAAAGCAACAGCCCCACGCAGCUUCAUCACUCUAAUCCAGAGUCUGCGACUGGCCAGCAAAGACGAAAUCCUGACUGUUCUCCGCAACUGCAGCAAGAGCACACUUCCUCAGCUGGUGGAUGCUGUGACCUCAGCUCAGACUCAGGCCUCUCUGUCGGCCAUGCUGGAGUUCCUGGACUUUGGUAAAGCUGAUGGCAUGCUGCUGCAGGAACGCUUCCUUUAUGCAUGUGGUUUUGCUUCACAUCCCACUGAGAGCAUGCUCCAGGCCUUGCUGGACAUUUCUAAAGGGAAAAUCGGCAGUAAUGAUAUUAAGGAGUCGGUGGUGAUCAUCAUGGGAGCUUUGGUGAGAAAACUCUGUCAGAAAGGAAAAUGUGAACUACCGGUGGUGGAGACAGUAAAGCAGCAGCUACUUGCAGGACCAGACAGCACACAGGACGAGGCUGAGAUUCACACGUACCUUCUGGCCCUGAAGAACACCCUUCUGCCUGAAGCAAUUCCACUGCUCACCCGAUUUACUGAGUCUGAGAUCGGAGCUCUGAGCACCACUGCUAUCACAGCACUACAGAGAUACGACCAUCAGCUUAUCACCCCCGAGGUGAAGCAAACUCUGAAUCGUGUAUACCAUCAGAACCAACGUAUCUAUGAGAAGAACAUCCGUGCUGCAGCAGCCGAUGUGAUUCUGAGCAGCAAUCCGUCAUACGAGGAGGUAAAAAAUCUGCUGCUUUCCAUCGGCCAUCUUCCACAUGAGAUGAACAAAUACAUGCUGUCUAAAGUGGAGGACAUCCUGCACUUCGAAAUGCCUGCCAGUAAAAAAGUACGGAAAGUGAUGAACGACAUGAUUGUGCACAACUAUGAUCGUUUCUCAAAGUUUGGCUCCUCCUCCGCCUACUCAGGCUACAUGACACGAAAUACUGACCUUACGGCCACCUACUGCCUGGACAUUCUGUACUCAGGGUCAGGAAUCCUCAGAACGAGCAACAUGAACAUUUAUGGCCAGAACAAUGGUGCGCUUCUGCAUGGCCUCCAGGUGUCAAUUGAGGCUCAGGGUCUAGAAACUCUAAUUGCAGCGACAGCUGACGAAGGUGAGGAGGAUCUGGAGUCAUAUGCUGGAAUGUCAGCGCUGCUGCUGGAUGUUCAGCUUCGACCCGUUACCUUUUUUAAAGGCUACAGUGACCUGAUGAGCAAAAUGUUCUCCUUAUCUGGAGAUCCCAUUAACGUGGUAAAGGGUCUUAUCCUGCUCUCAGACCACUCUCAGGUGAUCCCUCUCCAAUCAGGUCUUCGAGCUGCUUUUGAGUUCCAGGGUGGUUUAGCCAUUGAUAUUUCUGGUGGCAUGGAGUUUAGUUUCUGGUAUAGAGAAUCCAAGACCAGCGUCAAUAACAGGGGUUCCCUGGUGGUGGUGGGUAACGUAACGGUGGAUACUGAUUUCCUAAGUGCUGGGUUGGAGGUGAGCUUUGAGACAGAGGCGGCGCUGGAUUUCAUCACCACAGUACAGUUCUCCGAGUAUCCCUUCCUUGUCUGCAUGCAGAUGGACAAAACCACCUUUCCAUUUAGGGAGGCGGUGCAUAAAUUGGAAAAAGUGUCCACCAGAGCACCCUACGCCUGGCACAGGAGCCGUGAGCAGCUUAUACCAGGCUCAGAGUUUCCUCUGCACCAGGAAAACUCCAACAUGUGCAAGAAAGUGUUCAACAGUGACUGAUAAAACUAAAAAUGCAGAACCAAUGCUAAUAGCUAGCUGGAUUAGCUAAAUGCUAGUGUACAAGCAAAAAAAUUGGAUUGUAUCAUGUACUUUUAAAAUACUAAGGAAAACAGAUUUUGGGUAUAGCCUUUUUAUAAUACUAUGGGUGUGUUCGAAAACCUAGCGAACUCUCUACAUAGACAGCAUUUUACGUCAUCUUACGCGCGCUCCCGAGAAGGAGGCUGUUUGAAAUCCUAGAUGCUCACUACUAAGGUAUCUUAAAAUUUCAACGCUAUUUAGACUCAGGAACGAGUGAGCAUCCGAUGCUGCCUUAGCGGUGGAGGAAAUCCCAGCAUUCAAUGCGGCACAACUUUUUUUUUUCACAGAAAAAUAAAAAACAUGGCGGACAGAGUGGAGAAACGAAUUAUUUAACGAGUUAUUUUCAAACGUAAAUAAAUUAUUAUUGAUUUUUCAUUUGUAUAAACCUGCACAAGUGUCAUUUAUUUGCAAAUUCGGGCUUGUCAUCGAAUUUAACCGUUUUCGGUACACGGAGGGCGAUGUUAGUUGACAUGCUAGUGCGUUGUGCCACCCCAUCCCAUUGGUUUGAAUGGCAGGAGGCUAACUGUGUUAGCUUAGUUAGCAAAUCACUGUCUAAGUAGCGCGUUCGAAUAACAUGCCUUAUAAGUCAAUGACAUUAGAAUCCUCUCUACUUAGGCAGCUGCCUAUGUAGGCAGUAAGACAGCAAGGCAGCUCACUAGGUUUUUGAACACACCCUAUGAAAGUCCAUCCUCAUAGUAUUUAAAGUAUUUCAAGUUUACCAUUGUUUUAUUUUUUUAUUUUUAAAGAGAUUUAACACAGAAUGCUAAUGAAGCUAAAUAUGAGUGAUCAUUAAAAAAAGCUAAAGCUGGCAGGUAGCAAAAUAUCAAGUGCAUUUGCUAGCUUUAGUGCUACCAAUGUUUUUAGCAGAAUUUGGGGUGAAAUAUACCUCUAUGUUUACACUAGUAUAAAUGGAUAACUAGCAUAGCUUUAGCUAUCUUACACAGUUAUAACUGGUGCUGUGGUAUAUUUUUAUGUUUAUAAUGUGUUAUUACACAUUUGUGGUUAUUUAUUUGGUCAAAUCACUUUACGAUACGCCUCGUUAAAAACGCUUACCAUUCCACCACAACAGAUGUUUACAGCAUUUUAUGACAUAAAUGGUGCCUUAUGAAAUUUACAUUUCACCUUUUUUUCUAGGGGUGCAAAUAUCCUUUAUUAGAAUAUUUUUUUGUUGAUGGUGAAUAAAAACACAGAGAGGCUUUAAA